AUGCUCAGGAUCUAUGGAAGAGGAUACAGAUUAUUUUCGACCUCAUCGGCACGUAAUGCGCCGAGAGUGGCGGUGAUUGGCAGUGGCCCUGCGGGCCUAUUCACAUGCGCGGGGCUUCUUCGACGAGCACCAACCGCUGUAAUUGACGUGCUCGAUGCGGCGCCCGUUCCGUUCGGGCUCGUUCGCUAUGGUGUCGCCCCGGAUCAUCAAGAGGUUAAAAAUUGCAUCAAUGGCUUCGAAAAGAUCUUCAACGACCACCCAACGCAGAUGAACCUGUUCUCAUAUGGCGCUCAUCGGCCCCGGCGGCUCGAAGUACCGGGCGCCGAAGCGAAGAAUGUGAUCUCUGGAUCUGACUUUGUCUCCUGGUAUAACGGUGUGCCCAAUGCAUCUCCCCCAGUGCUCGACGGGAAAAAUGUAGUCAUAAUUGGCAACGGGAAUGUGGCGCUCGAUUGCGCUCGGAUACUCUCGUCGGUAGAAAAUCUCGCCUCAACUGAUAUUCCGGAAGAGCCGUUGGCGGUUUUGGAAAAAUCGAAGGUCUCGAAUAUCACGCUGGUUGGACGGAGAGGGCCCGAAAAUGUUUCCUUCACGAUCAAAGAGUUGCGCGAGCAGUUCAAGAUCAAGUCUUGGUCGUCGAUUGUCGCCUUGCGUGAGGAAGAAAAAGCUGGCCUCGUUAAAUCAUUGGAUGUCAAGAGGAAGAAGCGGAUGUUUCAGAUAUUACUCGACAACAUUGGGCAUGAGGCCAAGGCGGAAAAGAAUUGUCGCUUUAUUUUCAAUCACGUUCCAAUCGAAGUAUUCCGUGAUGAAAACGGCAGAGUGAAGAGCGUUCGUUUCCUCGAUAAAAUCACCGGCAAAAAGGAGGAUCUAGCUUGUGAGCUGCUAAUCUACAGCAUCGGCUACAACCACAUCGUCUUGGAGGGGUUGCCGACUAACGACAAGGGCGCCUUGAGAUUAUGUGACGAUUGCCGGGUGGACUUUGAUCCGGCGCCAACAUUUGCUGCGGGAUGGUGUGCUCAGGGACCGCAUGGUGUAAUUGUCGACACCCAACAACAGUCGAUGACCGUCGCCCAGCGUAUCGCAGAAAUUCUACCUAAUCGCCCGGAGACGAGCCCAGGUGUCACUCCGCUACUCGAAUCACGCGGCGUCAGAUUCAUCACCUGGAAGGAGUGGUUGGCCAUCGACGAAGAAGAGCGGAGGAAUGGGCAGCAACGUGGAAAGGUUCGCGAGAAGAUUAUGAAGUUUGAACCGCUGCUCAAGAAGAAA